ACUGCUCAUGUCUGGACUGAGAUGUCUGAUUGUCUGAUGUUGUUAAAAAACUCUGCUGCGUUUUCAAUCCGCUUUUUUAAACUCGUCGAGCUUUUUGACCAUCGUAGGCCACUACCCACUUUGUACAACGAUCGUCUCUGCUUUCCGAGAUGCCUUGUCUUUCUGUGCCGCAGCUUCUCCGCCCCUUUCUGAGCAGCGGGUUAUGUAAAGCCGCUCAGAGUGAGACCUCUCGCAGUUUGCUCCCCUCUGCAGCUCCAUGAAAACAUCUCCGUCAUUUAGCUUGAGGUCUCGGGAUCUUCCAGGUGUUUCGGGUCCCUUAGGUCGAAGUCAGCGACUCGUCGUUAUCUGCGAGGUAACUCCGAAGUCUGAGACAGCAUGACGGAGCAGAACCUCCAGGCCAAGCUGAAGAACCUGCUGAAGCAGGAGAAGGUUCAACUGUGGAAUCCUCCGUUCACCCAGGAGGACGACCAACCGGGCGCCACGCACCUGCAGGAGCUGGCGCAGCGCUACGCCCCUCUCCUGGACCUGUCCGUGGAGGAGGUAGGGGGCGCUCUGGAGUCCAUCCGGGCUCAGGCGGUGGCCAGAGGGAAAGGCAACCAGACCUUCAGGGAGACCAGCGUGGCGACGCUGGAGCUGCUGCUGCCCAAAGAGGCCAGGAAGGGCUCAAAGACAAAGACUCACCUGGAGACUCGGCUGGACGUCCCUCUGCAGCAGCUGGUGGACAGGAUCAUGGAGGAUUUCAGCCUGAAGCACAUCAAGCUGAUCCUGAACGGCAGAACCCUGCAGCCGGACCGGCGGCUGGACGAGCAGGGCGUGAGGAACCACAGCAAGGUCAUGGUGCUGAAGGUCAGCGACGCCGAGCAGCUCAUCAGGGAGGAGGAGAAGAAGAGCCAGAGCCUGAGCCUGCAGCGCACCCAGAAGGGCUUCCAGAUCCUGUCGGAGAGAGACGGCAGCGAGGAUCCAGAGACCACGCCCUUCCUGGAGAUCGCCGACCAGAAAGGAAACCCGCUGACGAUCCCGCAAGACGAGAAGAAGGCUCUGAUCCUGGCCAUGGGGUUCCAUGAGAAGGGCCGCUCUCUGAUGAAGAGGAGGCAGUUUGACUCCGCCCUCUGCCACCUGCUGCAGGCCGACCAGCACUUCAGUCGGUGCGGCUCGGCGAUGCUGGGCUCCGUGGACAAUUACGCCGUCCUGCAGCUGGACAUCGUGUGGUGCUACCGGGCCCUGGAGGCGCUGUCCUGCCUGGAGGACGGGCGCAGCCGGCUGCAGCGCGCCGAGGACUGCUUCCUGCGCUGCUACGGCGAGCAGCAGCAGCGCCUGCUGAUGAUCAAGGGCAACACGGGACGAGAGGAAGUCCUGUUCCUGCGUCUGUACCUGCUGCAGAGCCUGCUGUCCUUCCUGGAGGGAAACGACCGCCAGGCCCGGGAUCUGCUGGCCAAGGUGGAGGACCUGUAUGGCCGUCUGGUUCCGGACUCGGAGAAGAUGGACCAGCUGCUGGUUCUGGGCUUCUCUGAGCGGGAGGCCCGGUUGGGCCUGCGGGCCUGUGGAGGAGACCUGCAGGCGGCCGCCGUCCUCAUCAGCAACCGGCGCCAGGAGCGUGAGGACCAGCAGCAGAAGGAGCAGCAGCGGCGGAGGACGAGGAUGGAGGACGUCUCCCGGCUGGUGGAGCUGGGCUUCUCCAGGACGGACGCGGCCAGAGCGCUGCACCGCGCCCAGGGGGACGUGGACAAGGCGUCUGCGAUCCUGCUGGACUCGUCCCAGAUGUCCCCACAGGACGCUGUCAGUCCAGAGAAGGUGGAGCAGCUGCUGUACCUGGGGUUCCAGAGGGCCCCAGCUGAAGCGGCCCUCAGGUUGUCUGGAGGAGACGUCCAGUCUGCAACUCAGCUGCUGUUGGACAACCAGGGUGUCCUGUCCCCAGACCUGCUGUCCCCGCCAUACACGUCCUCUUCGUCCUCCUCGCCGUCCUCUGAGGAGGCCGGCACCUCGUCCACCUCCCCAGAGGACAGCCAGCUGGUCAACGAGGUCUUGGAGGACAUUUCCCGCCACGAGGAGGACUACCUGGACCUGACCCUGGAGGACGAGAGCCAGCUGAUUUCCACCCUGAAGACGUACCUGGACCGAGGCCCGGCCCACUCCGUCUGAGAACGCAUGGGGCCCAAACGGGACCGGAUGGACACGGAUGGAUCCACCUGUUGAGCGGAAUUGGAUCAGAGACGUUUCAGUUGGUUUCUUUUCAAGCGAUGGUUUUGUUUUUCUGAUGAAUCGGUUUGAGGGUCGUCCUCCUGGAGGUCGUCGUCCUGGAGGUCGUCGUCCUGGAGGUCGUCGUCCUGGAGGUCGUCCUGAUGGAGGUCGUCCUGAUGGAGGUCGUCCUGGAGGUCGUCCUCCUGGAGGUCGUCCUCCUGGAGGUCGUCCUGAUGGAGGKCGUCCUCCUGGAGGUCGUCCUCCUGGAGGUCGUCCUGAUGGAGGUCGUCCUGAUGGAGGUCGUCCUCCUGGAGGUCGUCCUCCUGGAGGUCGUCCUGAUGGAGGUCGUCCUCUAGAGGUCGUCUUGGAGGUCGUCCUGAUGGAGGUCGGAUCCGUUCUGUUUGAUGUUCCUGUUUGUUUGGUUCUGAUGGACCCGUAAUAAAAAGUUCUGCCUGACAGUAAGAAGCCA